AUGUCUGCUGAACAAAAGGUCGUACCAACUUCCGCCUCCCAAAACUUGUUGAACGACAAGUGGGACGUCGUCUUAUCCAACACUCUCAUCAAGACCGGGUUAGGUUUCGGUGGUGGUGUUUUGGCCUCCAUCUUGUUUUUCAAGAGAAGAGCCUUUCCUGUCUGGUUAGGUGUUGGAUUCGGUUUAGGUAGAGGUUACUCCGAGGGUGAUGCCAUUUUCAGAUCCACCCAUGGCUUGAGAAACGUCAAGGCUUAA